CACCGCAGCUUAGUAGUUUACGCGAAUUUUGCGGGAUCAUGUGUCGAAGUCCGUAGAGCAAUUCCCAGAAGCAAGACUAACUUGAACAGCCCGUGGCCGUUGCGUUGUAGUGCUUUGAAAAGUACAGUGAUAUCGUGAUUUUUUUUUUAUUUGUCUGAAAUUGCAAGAGAUCUUUAUCGAAAAUGAGGAUUACUUUGUCCCACUGGCCGCUCGGAUAAAAUUCGGCGAGCACUAGCUGGAAAAAAGUGUAAUCAAGUUGACUGCAAAGAAAUCGUACAGUACAAAUCUCUAUUCAGAAAAGAUCCUCUAGUCACCUAAGUCACGGAAAUCAGGUCAAAACUAAACUAAGCUCAAGACAAACGCAAAACGGUUCAAGGAAAAGAAGCCACACUUCGAUACUUUUCUUUUAUUGAGACGACAUUGCUCAAAGAAAUCGUUUCAAAAUGGCGGAUUUGCUAUCGUCGAUAAUGAAAGAUUUUGGCUCAUGGCAGCUCAGGGCGAUCUUGCUAAUUUAUUUGUGCAAAAUUCCCUCAUCGUGGUUUAUGGCGUGUCUGAUUUUCACGGCCCCAGUUCCUAAGCAUGGUGAAUUCUUCUGUAAGCCCCCGGUGCCCAUCCAUGCCAACUUUAAUACGACGGAGUGGAUCAAGGUUUCGCAUCCGAUCAAGGAGGAAGUACAUGACGAAGAGUUCACCAUCGACUAUUGCAACGUGUUCGAAGAUGCCAUGGAGCAUAGCUUGCAGUACUUCAAUGAGCCGAACAUAAAACCUUGGGUUGAGCCAAUGAACAACAACACCAAAGUGAUUCCCUGUGAGUCGUUCGAACAUCACACUGACUACACCUCUAUCAUUACUCAGUUCGAUCUAGUGUGUUCGAGGGACAUUCUGGUGGCGACAACUCAAUUUUUCCAUCUUUUCGGUGUUCUACUGGGAGGAAUUAUAACUACGGAGCUGCUGAAGACGAUAAGCCCCAGAAAUAUCAUGUUGUUGGGAAUGUAUGCACAAAUCAUUAGCGGCUGUUUUACGGGCUUGAUCAACGUUUUCGAGCUGCACAUGAUGUUCCGGUGUUUGAGUGCAAUUUGCUGUGGCUUUAUGUAUACAGCGGGAGGCGUUAUAAUGAGUGACAUCACCGGCGGCAAGUUCAAAACCGCCACCAUCUGUCUGUUCGAGCAGUUUUGGUCAAUCGGUGUGAUAAUGCUUCCCGGAGUGGCCAGCUUCUGGAGCAGCUGGUCCCAGCUGUAUUUGGCGAUCUCUCUGCCCACGUUCGUGCUGAUCAUCUUGCACAGGUGGAUCCCUGAUUCUCCUCGGUGGCUUCUGAAGCGUGGACGAGUGCGUGAGGCCAACACGUAUCUGAUGGAGGCGGCCAGAUGUAAUGGGACCGAAAAUCGCAUCCCCAGCGACUUCGAACACCAGCUGAAGACGUUCUCCGAUGCGGCAGUGGUGCAAGCGGAUCCCGAUCCCUGGUGGAAGAUUUGGGAGGAGAAAGCAUCCAAGAAGGAUCUCAUUUGUGUCCAUCUGGCUUGGUCCAUUUUCAUCGUGGUGUACUACGGAAUGCUGCUGAAUAUCCGAGCUUUUGGGCGAGAGCAUCUGCAGAUCAACACAGUAAUUGCAGGAUUAUCGGAAAUAAUUGGAACCUUUAUUGGCUUCUAUCUGAUCAUGUUCACGAAGAACAAAUGGUUUUGGGCUGGAUUGUUCAACAUUAUUGGUGGCCUAGUGGCCUAUGUAGCAUGGCUAAUACCACCAGAAAUUACAGGGAACAAAAGAGUUGCUCUUCUAAUGCUUACGGCAAUGAUCUCAAAGAUGAGCAUUUCUACUUGUUUGUCUAUACUGACAACGUGCACUUCGGAACUUGUGAGUGCAAACAAAAAGAAUGGAGCCGUCUAUUCAACUAUAGUGUGGGCGAGGUUCUGGCUACUGGGAGCACCAUUUGUGGGAGCCACAAUCGUGUUCGGACAGUUGGUACCCCAGACGGCGUUUGGAUCGCUGACCAUCCUCGGGGGCGUAAUCGCGGGAAGCAUCAAUGGAACGCGAACGCACCCGGUGGUAAAGCGAAACUCAGUCUACCCAGAGACAAUCUCCACAUCGGAAAACUGGAUAUCGGAGAAACCGAUAGGCGUAAACGAUUUGAAGCAAUAACAAUUAAACAAUCGAAAA